AUGCCUAACGACGAUUCCAAUCCGAACUUCAGACGUCUAACGAAAGAGUCACUGCGUAAGCUAGAGCUUAGACACAAUGGGCCGAAGCCGGAGCGGGCAUUCAGCCGUCUCAGCCUUAUGUCAGAUCCGGAAGAAGAUGAAGAGGCUCUAGCCACCGGAAAGGUGUAUGACACCGAUCUUCUCGAAGGCAAACCACUUCCAGAUCACCUGGGCACUUUCCCAAAAUCACUUUAUGGGAAACCAAUUGAAGAACUUGAUGCUGUUAGACAAGAUGAGCGGACAUUCUGCCUAGUUGGUAGACGGUUCGGUAAGACCAAUCUCUUCAGGUUCAGCUCCACCAAAUCUCUACACCUGCUGACACCACUGAAUCCCCUCCGGAAAGCAAUGCUCUUUCUUCUAACGAACCAAUUCUUUGAUGUACUAGUCAUCCUCACCAUUUUAGUGAACUGUGGCUUCCUAGCAAUGGAUGCGCCUCGGUUUGAUAGCAGCGACGAGAUCGUGUUUACAGCAAUAUAUUCCACAGAGAUGAUCGUCAAAAUAAUCGCCAGGGGAUUUGUACUGCAGAAGCAUACAUAUCUACGAGAUCCCUGGAACUGGUUGGACUUUAGUGUCAUUCUUCUUGCGUACGUGACAUUCUUCCUUGGUUUUUUAAAUGUACCAGUCGGCAACCUCUCCGGUCUUCGAACAUUUAGAGUGUUAAGAGCUCUCAAAACCAUCUCUGUUAUCCCUGGUCUUAAGAGCAUCAUCAACGCCUUACUACGAUCGUUGAAGAUGUUAGGGGAGGUGUUGUUAUUGACUUUCUUUGGACUUGCCAUCUUCGCCCUGCUUUCCUUGCAACUCUACAUGGGAGUUCUACACAACAAAUGCGUUGUGGACUAUAAUAUCACUGUUUUCAACGACACUGAGGAGGACUGGUAUAACUUUGUGCAAAAUUCAACGAACUGGUACUAUUGGGACGGUGAGCCAAGGGUGUGCAGUAAUAUAUCUGGCCCAGGUCCAUGUCCUGAGAACUAUACGUGUCUAAAGGACAUUGGGCCCAACCCUAACGGCGGAUACACAGGCUUCGACAACAUUGGGAUGUCUUUACUUACGUGCUUCCAAGUCGUUACAUUGGACUUUUGGGAAGACGUCUAUAAUUUGAUUAUUCGUGCGACUGGUCCAUUGAGCAUGCUAUUCUUCUUCAUUACCGUCAUGUUUGGAUCAUUUUAUUUGGUUAAUCUCAUGCUGGCAGUGGUAUCUCUGGCAUACACAGAGGAGAUGGAAAACCAGGGAAAGGAAAAAGCGUUGAAAGCACAGCAGAUUCGCGAAAACGUUCUCAGUAUGGACGCUGAGAAACUAAAGAAGCUGGCAGAGAAGAAACGAAAGCGGAAAGAGAGACGGGAAAAAUUGCGCCAAUUACAGUUGAAGCAGCUUCAAGAAAACGAUGCAGGGCAAAUUAGCCAGUCUAACCAGGCAUUCGUCGACAUUGAGAAGAUGGAUAAUGGCAGUGACAGCACAUCUAAGGUUUCUCAGAAAACUGAGGGUGGUGAUGCCACAGAAGAAUCCCCAGACACUAGUAAGGAGGAAUCUAAGAGUCAGGCGGACAAUGAUGACGAUGAAAACAUGACUAUUCAAAAUCCAGACGAGACUGAUGACGGAUCAAACGAGCCGGUACCAUGCUGCCCCCGUCAGAAACGAUGCCGUCGCUGUCUGAUUCCUCGGAGCGUCUAUCGCGCCUACAAGAAACUCCAGUACUACGCCGCACUCUUCGUGCUUGACCCCGUUAUGGAUUUGUUUAUCACAUUCUGCAUUUUACUUAAUACCGCUUUCCUGGCCAUGGAUCAUCACAUGAUUUCUUCUACAUGGGAAACGGUGCUUGACAUAGGAAAUAGGGUGUUCACUGCAAUUUUCACCAUUGAGUGCGUACUGAAGCUGAUCAGCUUAAAUGCGAAAUUUUUCAAGACCGGUUGGAACAUCUUUGAUCUCAUCAUUGUCGUCUGCAGUUUGGUUGAGCUAGGAUUACAGGGUGUUCAAGGCCUGUCCAUCUUGAGAACAUUUAGACUUCUUCGUGUGCUGAAACUUGCUCAGUCUUGGACCACAAUGCGCAUGCUCAUUUCCAUCAUCGGCAACACCAUGGGGGCCCUAGGCAACGUAUCUUUCGUCUUGCUUAUCAUUGUCUACAUCUUUGCUAUCAUGGGCAUGCAGCUGCUCGGCAAAAAUUACACCGAGGAGUUCUUCGGUGAAGGCAACUUACCACGCUGGCACUUCAGGGAUUUUACCCAUUCCCUGUUGCUAAUUUUCCGCAUCCUUUGUGGUGAAUGGAUUGAGCCGUUGUAUGACUGUAUGGAUUGCUCUGAUCAGGCAACUUGUAUUCUCAUAUUCACGUCUUCAUACAUGGUGGGAAAUGUGAUGAUACUGAAUUUGUUCCUUGCUCUUCUCUUGAACUCCUUCGCCUCGGACACUCUACAGAAGGAAGAAACGGAAGAAACACGCCUUGGCCAAGGCGUUGCCAAGGUCAAACGCUGGGCUAAAGCCCUUUUCCGAAUGUGUUGUUGCAAGUUUCGCCGAUCCACUAAAGUAGGAGUUGAGGAGAAGGAGAUGAAGGACUCGAAACUGAAUGAAACUAAUGUUACCGGUGUGGAAUUGGAACCUGUGUCAAGUCGGCGGAAUACAUUGGUAGCUGUGCUUCCUUAUCAGAACGGCUCGAUACACAACGGCUCUAUCAACGGAUCUGUACAUGGCAUGCCACGUAACGGCUCAAUACACACGUCCAGAGCAGCCUCGCCGUUCACUACUACCAACACGCUCAUCCCAAACGGCAACUACUUAGAGGCUGGUAGUAGGAAUGGCAGUGCAGUAAGUCUACGGCAUCGUCCAACUUCACACACUGCGCUCUCAUCUUCGGUUGUCAAUUCUAACGACAAGACGUGCGAGCGUCCAGGAAUAACAGUGGUCAAUAACACAGACUCAGAGACAGGAGAGGAGGAAACGGCCCGUGUAGUGCAAGGUUCAAUGUUGAUAGUCCAAAGCAGGCCCACUAGUUCUAUGCAGAAGGAUGCACUGGUUGAAGUUGGGAUAAUAGAAGACCCGGUGCACGAUUGUUGCCCGCAGGUGUGCACCGCAUUUUGCAGUAGGAAAUGUCCGUGCACUUUCUACCGUUCCCCAGAGUCAUCUGCCUCCUACUCCGUGUGGAGGCGCUUCAGGGAGUUAGUCUGCACAGUCGUAGAAAACAGAUUCUUUGAGUGGUUCAUUCUUCUAAUUAUUCUUGUCAGCACAAUUACGCUGGUAUUUGAGGAUAUUCAUCUCCCAAGUAAUCCCGGCAUGCAAGAGGUGUUAGCCAUUUGUAACGUGGUCUUUGCGAUUAUCUUCGUCAUCGAAAUGUUGUUAAAAUGGAUAGCAAUAGGAUAUGUGAAGUACUUCACAAACUUCUGGUGUUGGCUUGAUUUUGUCAUCGUUGUUAUUGCCAUUAUGAGCUUGAUAUUGGACGCCGUCGGCCUGUCUGGUAUUGGAGCAUUCAGGGCUUUACGAACACUUCGAGCACUACGACCUCUAAGAGCAAUUUCACGCUGGCAAGGAAUCAAGAUCGUGGUAAAUGCACUGGCUCAUGCCAUUCCAGCCAUCGUCAAUGUUGUACUCGUUUGCGUGGUAUUCUGGCUUAUCUUCAGCAUUAUGGGGGUUCAGUUCUUCAAAGGAACCUUCUCAAAAUGUGUCGACGAAGACGGGAACAAGAUCAGCAUCGACGUUGUAAACAACUUCUCAGAUUGCAUAAGCCUCAACUAUACAUGGGAAUCCAAUAAGAUCAACUUUGACAACGUCAUGAAUGGUUACUUGGCGCUUUUCCAAGUGGCAACAUUUGAAGGCUGGCAGGAAGUGAUUGAGGACGCCGUAGAUAACAGAGGGGUGGAUAUGCAACCACACUUUGAAGCUAGUUUGAUAUCCUAUGUUUUCUUUGUCAUCUUCAUCUUUUUCGGAUCGUUCUUCACACUCAAUCUGUUCAUUGGAGUCAUCAUCGAAAAUUUCAACCAGCUCAAGAGGAAGUAUGAAGGUGACAGCUCGUUCGGUUUAUUUCUAACGAGCAAUCAGAAGAACUACUACCAGACCAUGAGGCGCAUUGGUAACCAGAAACCGACGAAGCAGAUCAAGCAACCAACGAAUAAGAUUCAAGCCUUCUUCUUCAAACUGACAAGCAACACAAAGUUUGAAAUGUUCAUCGUGUUUGUCAUCUUAUGCAACAUGAUUACCAUGUCAGUAGACCACUACAAGCAGUCUCAGGAGGUUACAAGAAUACUGGAUGCUUUAAAUAUUGUCUUCACUUCAAUCUUCACCUUGGAGAUGAUUUUGAAGUUGAUUGGCUUGCGCCUCCAUUACUUCCGGGUGCCUUGGAAUAUCUUUGAUUUUAUCGUGGUGACUCUUUCCAUACUUGGCAUUAUCUUGAGUGACAUCCUGACGGACCUGAUCAACCCAACACUACUCCGUGUUCUGCGAUUGUUUCGAAUUGGUCGAGUUCUCCGCCUCGUCAAAGCUGCUAAAGGGAUCCGAAAACUCCUCUUUGCCCUCGCCGUGUCAAUGCCGGCCCUUAUCAACAUUGGGGCGCUGCUGUUCCUUGUCAUCUUCAUCUUUGCAAUUAUUGGGAUGUCUCAAUUCGCAUACGUCAAGCACGACGGUGCCUUGGAUGAUGUUGUUAAUUUUGAAACAUGGAUAAACAGCAUGUUGUUGCUGUUUCGGUUGUCCACCUCAGCUGGUUGGAAUGAUGUAUUAUAUCCUUUAAUGACAGCCCCGCCCGAGUGCGACGAUACCUACAUGGGCUACCCGAAUGGGAAUUGUGGUAGCUAUAUAUUUGCUUCGCUUUUCUUCUUUAUCUUCCUCACGAUAAACUUCUUGAUGAUAAUCAACAUGUACAUAGCUGUUAUUCUGGAAAAUUUCAGCCAGGCCCACGCACUGGAGGAAGUUGGAAUAACGGAGGACGAUUUUGGAAUGUUCUAUCAAGUCUGGCAGCGUUUUGAUCCAAAUGCCACGCAGUUCAUUAUGUAUGACCAGUUGUCCGAUUUUUGUGACGCAUUGGAGCAGCCCUUACGGCUUGAGAAGCCAAAUAACAUCAAGAUUGCCGGACUUGAACUUCCAAUAUAUGAUGACAUCAAAUUGCAUUGUUUAGAUGUGCUAUUCGCCCUCACAAAGAGAGUCAUUGGGGACGUCGAAGAGAGCGACGAAUUUAAAGAGUUACAAAAAUCGAUGCAGGAAAAAUUUCAGGACUCUUUCCCAGAUAGGACAAAGUCAGAGCCGACCACAACCACUCUGCAGAUAAAAAAGCGAGGUACAGCUGCCAAGAAGAUUCAAAGAGCAUUCAGGCGAUAUAGACUAAUGGUUGAAAUGCGAAAGGCAUCAACUGCCUACAGGGCCAAACAGAGUAUGGAAGGGUCCAGAAGAAAUUCGGAGAGUCAGACGCUAGACCUUGACUGUAGUAUUAACAGUCAAACGUUCGGCCAGACUCUCACAGUUCCUGCCCAAACAGGCUUAAAUAGAAGCAGAACUCCUACGAUUCCCGAGGAUUGCUCAAAUGCACACAGUGACAAAAGGGACGUGACUGUUUAUCGCGUAGAAGACACUGAAGACGAUGUGCCAACAAUCGACGCGACUGUAGAAAUCGUUGGGAGUUCUUCUCUUCCGGAAGAAAGAGACUCUAAUAUUUGAGUCUGGCACCUGGAGGCCACUUAUUGUAAUUUUGUAUAUGUUUAUAUGUAUAGUUGCUUUUUGUGAGUAAAAAAAUGAAUGAAAAUAAUUACAGCUGAAAAAUGCAUGGAUUACCAAAACAAUCCAGGUACUACAAUAAAUGCCAUGAACAAAAGAUACAUGUACUAAUCCCACGAUUGUGCAAUGUAUUUAUAAUGCAUUGCCUUUAGCAUAAACGAGUUGACUGAGAAAUCGGUAACUCAUUAUUUGGGAAGUUGAACCGCGAGCAUUAUCUGGACUAAUUUCCCACUCCAAUAACAUGGAACUCAAGAGGUAACGUUUCCACAUUGUUAUAGUUUGUACCAACUUUGUUUAAUAAACAGGCAGUAUGUGAAAUAAAAUAAAAGGGAAACCUACUAUAUCACACUUGAGAGCUUUACACAAGUAUAUCUUAAAGCCACAUUAUACUGAAUCAAACCCAAAGGGGCACUGCAACCAAACACUCUGCUAUGUGCAACGAGUUUAUAAAUUGUGUAGAAAUCUGUCAGAAAGCGAAUCUGCGGACUGGAACAUGCUUUUCAGGUGUGAUCUGUUUAACGUUUUGAUAUUAUACUGCAGUAAUGGUGUUUGUUUCUGACACAGAUUUGCGUAGGUUUUGCACCUAAAAAUAACGAAAAGUAUAACGUUAUACAGGAAAUGAUAAAAGGAAUUUAUGUUUGCCAAUGACUUAUUGCAAAUACAAAAGCUUAAAUUCUAUGAGAGAAAAAGAAAUUGAUAAUCAAACUUUACACUUAAUACAUUUGGUGUUUUAUUUUUUGCCAAGUUCAAGGACUUGGCUGUUUCAAAUUCGGGUCGCAAUUUAGUGCAUUUAACUGUAAAGAUUAUUGGGUGCGUUCGAUAAGCUUACAAGGUGUAAAUCUGGCCUGGGGAUGGCUAUGUGUGCUGUGUCAAACAAGCGAAAGGGUGGGGACGAGGUUAAACCCGAAAUAACUCGUGGAAGCUAAUCGAACGCUGCCAUAUUAUUGUAAAUUGCCUCCUUUAUUGAAUGGGUGACAUUUUUUUAUUGUAUAGCUAAAGCUGAAGAUUCGUCUUUGAAGACAUCCAAGCCGAUUUUAAUGCAAUAAUCUUUUUAAAAGUAGUUAAAGUGGAGAUUUAUGACGUUGCACAAGACAUUUUCGGUUGAGAUUAAAGUAGAUUUACUGUCUUGGAUAGGUAUGUUUACGUUUGGGGUGAACACGUAGUUCUUAUUCACAGAAAAUGGAAGGGACACACGAGUCCGAGAUUUGGCUGUGCUUGUUUGUAACGAUGAGCGAAGCUAUACUAAGGACAUUUAAUUUUUAACGAUUCUACCGUUUUACAAGUUUGCCCUAGCCAGUUUAAAAAUGGUGCCCCUGUGUCUUCCACAUUCAUCCUCAUUGUAAAGAAUUUAUAAUGAAGAGAUCCUUCA